UUCCAUUGGAAGAAAGAAGACCCUGGUUUCGAAAAGAUCAUGGAUGUCCCUGAGGGAGUACAGCCCCUUCAAGUGGAAAAUGCGACCCUUGCUCUGGGGGAAAGGGAGGCAGGCAGGGUGAGCGUGAAAGUGGAGGAGACCUGGGUCACCAUAGAGAGGGCCUUCCUAGCGAAGCACAGCAACUACUUCCGUGCCCUCUUUCAGUCUGGGAUGCGAGAAAGUGAACAGGAAGAAGUCCAUCUUAAGGGAGGUGUGCAUGCAAGGGGUUUCCUCAUUGCCCUUGCUGUGUGCAAGGGAGAGAGACAAACCAUCUGUGACCCGGAUGAGCUUGUAGAUGCUGUGGAAUGUGCUGCUUUCCUGCAGGUGCCUUGUUUGACUAAGCAUCUUUGUGACAUCAUCGACUCGGACAACUGUCUCUUGCUUUACCAUGCAGCCUACAUCUUUGGGGUGCAGAAACUCUUUCACAGCGCCGCUCUCUUUCUUUGCGAUACCUUCGAGGACCUGAGGGAAACAGCAGAGGCGACUCUCCCUGAAGACCUGCUGCUGUAUUCCCAGUCGUUAUCCCCUGCGUCUUACAUCGCAAUCGGUACCCAUUCUCCUUCAAUGGAGCUGCUCGGUGACUCCUUCAGGAUCGUGUGCUACCUCGAUGAGAAGGAAGGAGAAUGGAAGCAUCUCACAAACCUCCCCACCCUUUGCAGCACGUCCAUGGCGGGCGUGGCGGUGCUGGACAACCGCUUGUACAUUGUAGGGGGAGUUUAUGGUUAUGGAAAGGACACGGUGGACAGUGGCUUCUGCUAUGACCCCGAAUCAGGGAUUUGGACCACUCUUCCGGGACCGCAGCAACCUAGAAAGGACUUCACUCUGCUGGGGCAUGAGGGACGACUGUAUGCCAUUGGUGGUGAAUUCCAGAAAAGAUGCAUUGCCACUGCAGAGUGUUAUGACCUUCAGAAGCCUCAGAAGUGCGGGUGGUCUUUUAUACAACAAGCACCAAGACCGGUGGCAUCCACUGCUUAUGCUGUUGCGAGGCGCCGGAUGUUUGUUUGCUUCUGGAAGCCACCUGACACGACAGACAUCUAUGAGUACACACCGCUUAAAGAUGAGUGGCACCUCGCCACCACUAUGAUCAGACCUCAGAGUUAUGGCCACUGUAUGGUAGCCCACAGGGACAUUUUGUAUGUGAUGCGCAACGGUCCUUGCGACGACUUUCUGCGCUGCCUCAUGGACUGCUACAAUAUCACCACAGGACAGUGGACGGCCAUGCCGGGACACUAUAUCAACAGCAAGGGGGCGCUGUUCACCGCAAUGAUAAGGGGGGACUCUGCGUUCACCGUGAAACACAUGCUAACGCUUGAAUACACCAUCAGUGCACAUGGGUGGAAGCCCCGCAGGCAGAUGAAGGGUUUUCCAAAGAGUGGAUCACUGUGGACGUGUUUACUCAGGCUUCCCAAGACAGGACCAGUAGUACCUCAGGUGGAUGCACAGGGGAAGGGAGAGGAAAUGCCUUUGAAAGACGGAACGGAGGGAUUUGUAGAUGAUAUGCUGUAG